UCUAUUGAAGAAGUUAUGAAAGAUGUAUUAACUUUGCCACUUAUAGAGAAAGGAAGCGAUAUUCAUUUUUUCUGCACACUAUUACUUGAUCAAAAGUCAAAAAGAGAGAUGUACAAUACUCUCGAAGAUGCAGAAACAAAGUGGAAAUGGCUUCAAUUUCAUUUCUCAUUAUGGACUAAUGAUAUGAAUGUUGUUCAGCGAAUGAUUUGGGAUGAUGAUGACGAUGAAGUUUGGCAGACAACCACAUAUGCAGUUGAUAUUAUAUGUAGCUAUUACUUGUCUUAUAUUCAUAAAGAACCUUGUAUGGAUUCAUUCCAUACAGGACUUGUAUGGUUACAAGAAAUAAUGAGAGGUAAUGAGAGAAGAUGUGUUAAUUUAUUCAGAAUGGAUAAAGACACAUUAAUAAAACUUUGUCUAGACUUAGAGUGUCAUUACAAAUUAAAAUGUUCUAAAAAAAUGACUAUUUUAGAAAAAGUUGGCAUGUUUUUAUAUGUUCUAGCUUUGGGAGCUUCAAAUAGGCAAGUUCAGGAAAGGUUUCAGCAUUCAGGAGAAACUGUCAGUAGGAACUUUCAUGAAGUAUUAAAAGCAAUGCUGUGCUUAUCAAUUGAUAUGAUAAAACCGACAGACCCCACGUUCAGUAAUAUUCCUCCUGAGAUACUGAAUGAUGACAGAUAUAUGCCUCAUUUCAAGGUAUAUUUUUCAAAUUUUUUUCUUAUCUUUAUAUGUAGUACUAUAUUACAAAUAUCAUUAAAAAUCAUUAAGUAUUUUAAUUUUAAAAUCUAAACAUUUGAAAAAUAGGACUGCAUUGGAGCAAUUGAUGGAACUCAUGUGUCUGCUUGUGUUCAAGAAGAAAAUUUGAUUCGAUUUAUUGGUAGAAAAGGGGUGCCUACCCAGAAUAUUAUGGCUGCUUGUAGCUUUGAUAUGCAAUUUACAUUCGUAAUGGCAGGAUGGGAAGGUACAGCUCAUGAUGGACGCCUUUUCCAGUAUGCUAUCAAUAAACAAAAUUUAAACUUUCCCAAACCACCACCAGGUAAAUGCGUAUUUUAUUUUCAUUUUUCUCAUUUCUUUUUUCAAUUGGUCAUAAAAAGGCAAGUACACAGAUGUACACAAAUAUAUACACACAAACCUUAUACUAUUAUACAUUAGUGAUUUGUUUUUUUAAUAAAAUAUAUUUCAUAUGUAGGAAAAUAUUAUAUAGU